AUGCAGCUGCUGAAGACAAUUUCUGAGCAGCGCUCUCUGGAGAGCCAUGCAGCACAGACAGGGGGCAGUCACGGCCUCAUACCAGCAGCCAAGUCAGGCGCGGGCAAGCUCCUCAGCCGCGACAGGGUCCCUGGCAGGCUGCUCAGGGCCCUGAGCGCUCCCACCCUCAGACAAGCAGCAGGGACACUCACGCCAACAAAGGGCACCUUUGGCAGACAGAGCUCUUGGACAGUGCAGGAGGUGCGGCAAGUCCCCACUGGUGCUUCACACGAGCAGCCAUUCUAUGCAGCCAGAGCAACAGCCACCUUCCAGACCACGCCAGCAGCUGGCAGCAGCCACGCAAGGGCCCAGCAGAUUGUGACGCGCCAAGAGGAAGGGGACGUGGGCGAGCUCCCUGCAAGCCGCGACGAGCUCUGA